AUGGCUGAGAGCUUUCCAGUGUGUGGGUAUAAAAAUAGUCGAUGUUCAACAAUCUACGAGGGCGAUCAGACGGCGCUGAAUAUUAUGUCAGGGCAGUUUGAUGAAUCCUCAAUACCACAGUAUGAUGUUUCCCCGCCGCCCUCUAAAUUCAAUGGCGAAAUGCCCACAAAUGCCAAGGCUUUUUCUGCUGAAGAAAUCAUCAAACUCGCGGCCACGAGGUACAUACGAGGAUCUCUUGAUAGCGGCAUGGACUCUUGCUUUGUGACUCCUGCAAUGGCGAUGGAAGACCAGCAUGGGCUAGAAUUGGCUCAGCUAAUUUUCAUCACGGCGGAUUUAAUAAGCAGCAAACAGUAUGAUCAAGCAUCCAGGCUGUUGACGCAGUGUCGUAACUUCUCUUCGCAGUGGGGAAACCCCACACAGAGAUUCUGCUACUACGUUUCCGGGGCGCUCCAGGAGAGAAUCGAACGCCAGGCCUGCGAGGAGUUGAGAAAUCCUCUAAAGCCAGCCCUCAAUUUCACCAACAAUGUCAACAGUGGUUAUAAUAAAGCGGAAUUUAAUCAGGUGCUGGCUUUUUAUAAUAGUGUUCUCCCGUAUGUGAAACUGGUGACACUAACGUCUAUGCAGGCAAUUUUAGACACUAUGGGAGAUUCUAGCAGAAUUCAUGUUAUAGAUCUGGAGAUUGGAAAUGGGUGCCAAUGGUCGGUUCUGAUGCAGAGCCUUGCGCUGAGAAGUACUUCCCAUUCGACUAAGCUUCUAAGGAUCACGGCACUUGGAAUGGAUGCGGAUGAUCUGAAAGAUAGCGGAAGAAGACUUCACGAGCUCGCUGAGUCCUUGGGGAUUCCGUUUUCUUACAGGAUGGUGCAGAUCAAAAGUAUGGAGGAGAUUAACGAAGGUAUGUUCAAAAUAAAACCUGGGGAGGCUGUCGCAGUGUUCGCUCCCACUGUUUUCCAUAGGCUAUUAUAUAAUCGGAGUCUUCUGGAGAGUGUUGUGGAUGUUAUAAAGAGAUUAAAGCCCCGGAUAAUGGUGAAUAUAGAGGUUGAAGUUGACAGCAAUUCUCCAUCUUUUGAAAAGCGAUUAGUCGAUGUACUUUUUCAUAGCAGCGCUUGUUUUGACGCCCAUGAUGUGAUAAUGCCGGAUAGACAUGAUCCUCGAAGGGUGAAGUAUGAGGAAAUAUUCUGUGGAAGGCAGCUAAGGAAUACGAUUGCCUGUGAGGGGAGCGAAAGGAGAGUUAGACAUGUUAAAAUUGAUGUGUGGAGAUGUUUUUUUAAACACAAGGGAUUCAGGGAGAUGAGCUUCAGUUAUCAAGCUUGGUAUCAGGCCAGAUUACUGCUCAGAGAAUUUCCUAACGGAGAAUGCUUUAGUGUUGAGGCCAAUGGAGAUGCCCUAAUAACUGGGUGGAAAGCAACCCCAGUAGUUGCAGUGUCUUUAUGGGCUUGUGGCUGA